CACACCGCACAGAGAGAGGGUGAGCUCUCUUACUUUGUCCUACUGCGCAUCUCGGAAUGAUUGUCGUGUAGUUGUUCUCCGGCAACGAACUCAUUGGCUCUCUGUCGUCAGUAAUUAUUUUUCUCUCCCAGCUGGCAGAAAUCCGUCGUGAGUUCCUCCUCACAAGAUGUAGGCUGGAAUUGCUGCUGUGCUGGACGAGAGAGAACGAGAGAUAAAGAGAGGGAGAGAGAGAGAGGUGCAGCAGCCCGGUCCGUUAUGUUGUAGCUUUGGUAGCAGCUCUCAAUAUGCGCGCAACGCUCAGAGAGAGAGGACCGUCACUCAACAGCGGCAGCAUCAUCAGCGGCAGCGGCAGCAUCAGUCCCCGCGAUGGAUUGUGUUCUGUACAGCACCGUGUGUGCGCGGAGAUGGAGGCCGUGAAUGGAAUUGGAGAAAAAUUAGGAUAGCAAAUGAAAAGCCAAUAUUCACGAUUUAUCACAUUUACAACAAUGAUUUCUACUUGACAGGAAAGUUGAUUUUGGACACUUAACAGGAUUCCGCGUCGCUACCACCCGGGGCUUCAGUAGGGCAUCAGUCGUGCGCGUUUCCGCGGCAUAUUUGUGACUGUUUUCAGUGGCAACUAUAUUGGACAUGACUGAUACUACUAUCCUUAUUCUGUUUCCCUGUUGCGCACGAACCCCAACCGAACGUCAUAUUCUGAUCUAACAGAGUAUGCCUUUUGAGAAUAAGCGUGGCAAUAAGGGUUUAUCAUUCACUCAGAUGGGGAUAGAGGAUAAUAACAUGAGGAACGGCCGAGGCCUGUCGGAUCAAUGGGCCGAUAGCGUGGUGGUUCGGCCACGGACCACAGAGCGGAGCAUCACCGUCCACAAAAGACUGGUCCUGGGGUUCGCCAUCUCUAUACUCACUCUCAUCAUUGUCACGGUAAUCGCGGUUCUCCUCAGCAUCCGGUUUGAGGAGUGCGCCGGGGAGAGUAGCUCACGAGCGGGCAACGGCUCCAACGCCAAGUUUAACGGGUCCCGGGAUGGGAAUGGGAACCACAAAGACGAGGAAACCCAACCGUGGCGACACCACCGGUUACCUGCAUCUCUCCGGCCCCGCCACUACGACCUCCGACUCGCAGUGUACAUGGAUAACUUUACUUUCUCCGGGGAAGUGAACAUUGAAUUCGAGUGUGUAUACACCACCAAGUUCAUAGUGCUGCACAUGGACGGUCUCGAGCUGGAGAAAGUGGCAGUGUAUUCGGAUAACAAAAAACCCGGAGUCAUGAGAAUCCACCGCCAGUUCCACUACCCAGCCAACCAGGUUUAUGUGAUCGCGUUGCACAGGGAACUGAAGCCCAUGAGGACUUACAAAGUAAACAUUACUUUUGAAGCUCAAAUAGAAAAUGAACUCUUGGGAUUUUUCCGCAGCUCGUAUAUGCUACACGGCGAGAGAAGGUACAUGGCGGUGACACAGUUCUCCCCCACCCACGCCAGAAAGGCCUUCCCGUGUUUCGACGAGCCCGUCUACAAGGCCACGUUCCGGGUGAUCCUGAGGCACGACGCAUCCUACCUCUCCCUGUCCAACAUGCCCGUGGAGGCCUCCAUCUCGGACGACGACGGCUGGGUGACCAACCACUUCGCCCGGACUCCUCGCAUGUCCACCUAUUACCUGGCCUGGGCUGUCUGCAACUUCACCUACCGGGAGACCAUCACCGACAGCGGAGUGGUGGUUCGUCUGUACGCCAGGCCCAACGCCGUCCAGAGCGGAGCGGGCGACUACGCCCUCCACAUCACAAAGAGACUUCUCCAGUUCUACGAGGAUUACUUCAAAGUCAAAUACUCACUGCCCAAAUUAGACCUCCUGGCCGUUCCCAAGCACCCCUAUGCCGCCAUGGAGAACUGGGGCCUGAGUGUUUUCGUGGAGCAGAAGAUCCUUCUGGACCCAGAGGUUUCCUCCUUCUCAUAUCAGAUGGAGCUGACCAUGGUGGUGGUGCAUGAGAUCUGCCAUCAGGUUAAACCUCGAUGGAGAUCAAAGGCAACCACCUGGUACCAUCACCUGGUACCAUCAUUACUGUGGUUUGGCGACCUGGUGACUCCGGUAUGGUGGGAGGACGUCUGGCUGAAGGAAGGCUUCGCUCACUUCUUUGAGUACGUUGGAACGGACUUUCUCUUUCCCAAAUGGAACAUGGAGAAGCAGCGGUUCCUGACUGACGUUCUCCACGAGGUGAUGCUGCUGGAUGGUUUGGCCAGCUCCCACCCCAUUUCCCAGGAGGUCUACGAGGCUGUGGACAUAGACAGAGUUUUCGACUGGAUCGCGUACAAGAAGGGAGCUGCUCUCAUUCGGAUGCUGGCAAACGUCAUGGGAGAGCAGGUGUUUCAGAGGGGACUCAAUGAUUACCUGAUGACACACAUGUACAGCAACGCAGCCCGGGAUGACUUGUGGAACAAGCUCACUGAGGCCAUGCAGAACGAGGGCAAAGACAUCAACAUUAAGGAGGUCAUGGACCACUGGACCCUCCAGAUGGGCUACCCAGUAGUGACCAUCAGUAAGAACGACAGCCUGGAUCACAGUGUCACCGUCACACAGGAACACUUCAUCUACGACCAGGAUGCCAAGAUCAGAGACCCAGACCUCUUCAACAAAAGUUUUCAGUGGCAGAUUCCUCUGACAUUAGCCACGGGGAAUUCAACUCACAGAUCCCCAGAAGCCAUCAUCUGGCUCUCCAACAAAACAGAGACGCACAAAGUAGGCCGGAUGGAUGAGGACACAUGGUUGCUAGGCAACAUCAACCAGACGGGGUACUUCCGGGUGAACUACGACCUCCAUAACUGGAGGCUCCUCAUUGAACAGCUGAUGACCAAUCCUGAGAUAAUCUCUGUCGGCAACAGGGCGGGUCUCAUCGAUGAUGUCUUCAAUCUGGCGAGGGCCGGUUAUCUGCCUCAGAAUGUGCCCCUCCAGAUCAUCUGCUACCUCCCGCAGGAGAGAGAGUUCCUCCCCUGGCACGCCGCCAGUCGAUCCCUGUACCAGCUGGACAAGCUGCUGGACCGGACAGAAGACUACAACCUCUUUAGUGACUUUGUGCUGAAACAAGUGGCCUCUAAGUACCAUAAGAUGGGCUGGCCCUCAGCUCUCACCGACGGGUCCAUCCUGCAGACAUCUUAUCAGAUUGAAGAGCUGCAGAGGGAGGUGAUCAUGCUGGCCUGCAGUUUUGGGAACAAGCAGUGUCACCGGCAGGCCGUGUCACUCAUCUCUGAUUGGAUCUCAAGCAACAAGAACAGAAUACCGCCUAAUGUGCGAGACAUCGUGUACUGUACAGGCGUGUCCCUGAUGGACGAGGACGUAUGGGAGUUCAUCUGGAUGAAGUUCCACUCAUCCACAGCCAUCUCAGAGAAGAAGGUCCUCCUGGAGGCACUCACCUGCAGCGACAACGGCUUCCUGCUCAACCGGCUGCUCAAUCUGUCUCUGAGUUCGGAUCUGGUGCCGGAUCAAGACGUCAUUGAUGUCAUCAUCCACGUGGGACGGAACCCCCACGGCAGACAGCUGGCCUGGAGGUACUUCAGAGAGAAGUGGGACGUCCUGAAUUCGCGGUAUGGAGAGGCUUUAUUCAUGAAUUCGAAGCUAAUCAGCGGGGUGACUGAAUUCCUAAACACAGAGACGGAACUGAACGAGCUGAAAGAAUUCAUCCAGAUCAGUGGAGGAGGGGCGGGUCCAGCUUUCGCCCGGGCCGUGGAGAUCGUAGAGGCCAACGUGAGAUGGCACAGUCUCCAUGAACGCCAGUUCUUCCAGUGGCUAAGGAAGUCACCCAACGGUUAACGCGCAGCCCACAGGGAACAGCCCCAAGCAUGGCCUCUCUUUGAAACUAUUAUAGACCCAAUGACAGCGGGCGGAGAAAUUAUCUAAAGAUUUUUUUUAAAACACGCACAGAAAACAUUCAUAUUUUAAUUUGAAUUGCAAAAUAAAGCAUUUACCCCCCUAGCCCCGGCCCACCCCCCAAACCUAAAAAAAAAGAAACUGGCAAGCAAGAGUGAAAGGGAACGUCAUAAGAGUGUUAGAGUGGUAACCGAAAUGUUGCUGGUUUGAAUCCCUGGGCUGACAAGGUGGGAAAAUAUUUCGUUAUGCCCUUGAGUAAGGCACUCAAUUCUAAUUGCUCCUGCUCUGUAUAGGAGUGACUGCAAAAUGUAAGUGUGGAAGAGUUAAGAUGGACGAUGUGGGCCAAUGAGGAUGCCCAAUUGGCCCGAAUGUUGAAGGUGGAUUUGAUUUGGUAUAAAUAUUGCAUGGUGGCAUUCAUCUGCAGAGACAUUUUUAUUUUCAGCGCAUGGUGUUCAACCCUAUUCUGAUUGGUUUUCCCCUGAGCUGAUCCCCAUUACCUUGUCAAUGACCUUUGAACCUCAGGUCAAGUGUUUGUAGCCUAUGAGGGGAACGACAAGAGCUACAGGAAAAUGAAGAGGAAACGGACAUGGCUGCAAUACUAUCUGUAAGAGGAACAGUAAAAAAAAAGCACAAGUCGUUUUUUGUCACGAUGACAAUCAGUCAGUAUUUUGAUUGAGACAAAAGCAAAGAGGAACUGUAAUGCAACAGAAAAUAUGUGUACCUAAAAAGUUUGAACCGUUCCCCUCUCUUUGAGGGGGACUAGUUGUGCGACGUCUGGAGCAUAUGGACAGGAUCUGCCAGCUGAUGUGGUGUUUGUUUUUGUGCGUGACGUGUUCUUAAAUAACUUAUCCUCCUCGUCCAAAAGCGUGUCCUGAAUAACGUUAGGGACUGAUUUUUGAUUUCUUUCCUGAACCCAGGAAGCAUAGAGGAAGCAAGAGCAAGGUGAUUCCCUACAACUGAAGGAGUCACCGUAUUCAAUAUUGAUCGAUUCUCAUAAAUAGCAGCAUUUAUAUUUCCUGUUUGCACUGGAGUGUCCUUGAAUUAUACCGUUUAGGUGUUUGAGUAAAAAUAAAAAAUAAUAAAAAGUU